CUGUCCUCCAACAUCACAUCCAACGGCGAUGGACUGCGCUAUCCAUUAACAGAGAAAAACCUCAAGAUCUUACAUCUAGACACCCUGUCCUUAAACCCUAACAUUUCUCACUCUCACUGAGAGAAACUAGACAGAGUAGACUAACAAUGUCUCGAAUCGUUCGGUCUCGGAUUCUAUCCUAUCUUUCUAAGAACAGUAAACCCUUUAGUUCAAGUACCUCUGCAAAUUCUCCCAAGGAACCCACAAUUUCCUCCGUAAGUACUCCAGAGAAAAAGCCAUGGGGUAUUCUUAAAUAUGGAAUUUUUGGAGCUUUUACUGGACUUGCUGCAACUGUUGGUUAUGCUACUUACGCACAUACUUCAGAAGAAAUAGACAUAAAGACGAAGGCGUUUCGUGAAUCGGCAAAUCGUAACAUUGGCGACGAUGCAUCUUCUUUAGAGAAGCUCGGGGGUUUGUUUUGUUCAGUUGCUACAACAGUUCCUGCUAAGAGCGUUGAGUUAUAUCUGGAUUUAAGAAGAACAUUUGAAGAACAUGUUCGGGGGUUCACUGAACCAUCUUCUGAGAAGCUUCUUCCAGAUUUACCUCCUCACGAGAAACAGAUCUUUACACUUGUUUUGGAUUUGAAUGAGACUCUGGUUUACUCUGAUUGGACGCGUGAGAGAGGGUGGAAAACCUUUAAAAGACCAGGAGUUGAUGCUUUCUUGCAACACCUUGCCCAAUUUUAUGAAAUUGUCAUCUACAGCGACCAGAUGAGUACGUAUGUCGAUCCUAUUAUUGAAAGGCUGGAUCAGAAGGGGUGUAUUCGAUAUAGACUAUCAAGGUCAGCAACUCGCUAUCAAGAGGGGAAGCAUUACAGGGAUUUGUCAAAGCUGAACCGAGAUCCAUCAAGGAUUCUCUAUGUCAGUGGGCAUGCCCUAGAUUCUAGCUUACAGCCAGAUAACUGUGUCCCUAUCAAACCUUGGAAGAUGGAAGCAGACGAUACAACACUGUUAGAUCUUAUUCCAUUUCUUGACUAUGUUGCACGCCAUAGACCAACUGAUAUAAGGCCAGUCUUAGAAUCUUACAAAGGCCAUGAUAUUGCGAAAGAAUUCAUUGAGCGCUCCAAGGAAACUCAGAGGCGCAUUCAAGAACAAAAGCAGCAAGGUCGACUGUGGCGACGUUGAAUUCCUGUAAGUUAUGUUUGUAGUAUUCAAAGACAGUAGUCAUAGUUGAUCUCGAAGCCGCAAAAGAAGUAAGAUGUAGAUUAGCCCCCUUUGAUCUGAUUGUUUGACUCAUUUCUUUGCAUAAUUUCUGAACUAAUAAUAAUAAUAAUAACAUCAAUGCUGAAUCAAAUGUUUCAAACAAAGCUUGGUAUGUUCCGUUUUCAGUCACAGUUCGAACGGAUUUCCUUGAUUAUUGGUUAAGAGCAUUGACAGUGGUAGAUUCUAAUUUCAAGUGUAAAAUUAAUAACUUUUGAAUUGAUUGUUGAUAGGAGAAACAUUCUCAAUUACUGUAUGGUGUCUCGCAUUGUUUCAAAAAUCCAUCUGGUUAUGUAUAACAAUUGCCAUACGUAACUGUCAAAAUAACUAAUGAUAAGGAGGAUCUGUAACUUCCUGCCAA